UUUGAAAACCAAAACUGCAUCGUUUUUGAACCAAAUCAAAUAUCACAGAACUGGUAAACUGAAACUAUUUUAAUCACAGAAUUUGCAGUCGUUGACGCCGUGGAAUAAAAAAUGUUUGCUCGGCUGGUUGAAAUGCAAAUAACGUUACCGUUGCUGAUGAGCGUUGGUACUGCAGUGAUUGGAUCCUUGCAGUUUGGAUACAACACAGGUGUCAUCAAUGCCCCGCAGAAGAUCAUUGAGAAAUUCAUCAAUGAGACAUACUUUGAACGUUACCAGGAUCCCAUCUCCAAAACCUCCCUUACAGCUAUCUGGUCCAUUUCUGUUUCCAUCUUCUCUGUCGGAGGCAUCUUUGGUUCCUUCUCUGUCGGAUUCUUUGUCAACCGUUUGGGAAGGAGGAACUCAAUGCUCAUAGCCAACAUUUUAGCCUUCAUCGCAGCUGCUCUGAUGGGUUUUUCAAAGAUGGCCAGCUCCUGGGAAAUGCUCAUCAUCGGUCGUUUUAUAGUUGGUCUCUACUCCGGCCUCUCCACUGGUUUUGUACCCAUGUACAUAGGUGAAGUCUCCCCGACAGCCAUGCGAGGCACCUUAGGCACACUACACCAGCUGGGCAUCGUCGUGGGCAUCCUCAUCGCACAGGUAUUCGGACUGGAAAUGAUCAUGGGCAACGACAAGUUUUGGCCACUCUUGCUGGGCUUCCUCUUUAUCCCGGCUGUGAUACAAUGUGUCCUGCUGCCGCUGUGCCCCGAAAGCCCCCGUUUUCUGCUUAUCAACAAGAACGAGGAGAAUAAAGCCAAAACAGUUCUGAAGAAGCUCCGAGGCAUGACAGAUGUGAGCGCCGAUAUGCAGGAGAUGAAGGAGGAGAGCCGACAGAUGAUGAGAGAGAAAAAGGUGACAAUCUUGGAACUUUUCCGCUCUCCACUCUAUCGCCAGCCCCUGAUUAUCGCCAUCACCCUGCAGCUCUCCCAGCAGCUCUCUGGAAUCAAUGCUGUGUUCUAUUACUCCACACGUAUCUUUGAAAAAGCCGGAGUGAAGCAGCCAGUUUAUGCCACCAUUGGAACCGGUGUUGUUAACACUGCGUUUACGGUUGUUUCUCUGUUUGUUGUGGAGCGUGCAGGACGCAGAACUUUGCACCUCCUAGGACUGAUGGGUAUGGCUGGAUCUGCCACCAUGAUGACCAUUGCCUUGGCUCUGCUGGAGCAACUCAAAUGGAUGUCCUAUUUGAGCAUCGUGGCCAUAUUCGCCUUCGUCGCGUUCUUUGAGAUGGGACCGGGUCCAAUCCCCUGGUUCAUCACAACAGAGUUGUUCUCACAGGGACCCAGGCCAUCGGCCAUCGCUGUAGCUGGUUUCUCCAACUGGACGGCCAACUUCAUCAUUGCCUUGGGGUUCCAGUAUGUAGAGGAACUUUGCGGUCCGUACGUGUUCAUCAUCUUUACUGUUCUGCUGCUCGUGUUCUUCAUCUUCACAUACUUCAAAGUGCCGGAGACCAGGGGCCGGACGUUUGACGACAUCGCUACUGGCUUCCGCCAGACAGCCAGUGCAGGAGCAGAGAAGCACUCGCCGGAGGAGCUGAACAGCCUGGGAGCAGACUCUCAGCUCUGAGCAAAUAAACCUAUCUGACAAA